UCUUCUUUCUUUUUUUGUCAUCUUCUUCCAGUUUAGUUGCUUCUGGGGAGGAAUUAAGGAAAAAAAAAAAGAAAAAUGAUGAGGGUGAUGGUGUUCCUUGUGCUGCUGCUCCUCACUGUGAUGAUCAUGGUGGGAAAUGGAGAACAAAAUGGCCCAGCCCUUCUUAGUAGAGAUGAUUUUCCCAGUAACUUCAUCUUUGGUUCAGGCACCUCUGCUUAUCAAGUGGAAGGAGCAGCAGCAGAGGAUGGGAGAAGUCCAAGUGUUUGGGACACCUUUGCUCAUGCUGGAUAUAUGCAAGGGACUGGAGAUACUGCCUCUGAUGAAUAUCACAAGUACAAGGAAGAUGUUAAACUCAUGAAAGAGACAGGAUUAGAUGCCUAUAGAUUCUCCAUCUCUUGGUCGAGGUUAAUCCCCGACGGGAGAGGAAGAGUCAAUCCGAAAGCGCUAGAAUAUUACAACAAUCUUGUUAAUGAACUUCUAAACCAUGGAAUUAAACCGCACGUCACGCUUUUCCAUUAUGAUCUCCCGCAAGUUCUUGAAGACGAAUACGAAGGAUGGUUGAGCCCGAAAAUUGUCGACGAUUUCACAGCGUAUGCGGAUGUUUGCUUUAGAGAAUUUGGUGACAGGGUCUCGCAUUGGACUACUCUAAAUGAGCCUAACGUUCUCGCGUUGCUUGGUUAUGAUUUGGGCUUCGCUCCGCCAAAGAGGUGUUCUCACCCUUUUGGCAACUGUUCUCGCGGAAACUCUCCUACUGAACCCUACAUUGUCAUGCAUCACUGCUUGUUGGCUCAUAGUUCAGCUGUCUCACUAUACGCGAGAAAAUACAAAGCGAAGCAGCAAGGGUUCAUAGGAAUAAACGUCUUCGUUUACCAUUUGAUACCACUCACAAACUCGACGAAUGAUAUAAUUGCCACCAGGAGAGCUCAAGAUUUCUAUGUUGGAUGGCUGAUCGAGCCGCUUUACCGAGGAGACUACCCCAAAACUAUGAGGAAGAUGGUUGGCAGUAAACUGCCGAAAUUCUCGAGAAGCCAAUCCGAACAACUUACGGGUUCAUAUGAUUUUAUAAGUUUGAAUUAUUACGCGGCAAUGUACGUGAAGGAUGAUCCUCACGACAUUCCGGCUAGUCAGAGGGAUUUCAGGGCUGAUAUGUUUGCUGUGGUUACAGCUGCAGAUAAUGGGCUCACGAAAUCCGACACACUGUUCCCUGUGCUGCCGUCUGGCCUUCGAGGAGUUUUGGAGUAUUUCAAGCAAUCUUAUGGUAAUCCUCCCAUCUACAUUCAUGAAAAUGGUUUUGCAAUGCCACAAAAUGGGUCGCUUUAUGACGUUCGUCGGGUCAAAUACAUAAGCGACCACUUGGAAAACCUGCUCAUUGCUCUCAGGAAUGGAUCAAACACUCUGGGCUACUUCACUUGGUCUUUCAUCGAUGCGUACGAAUUGCUCUACGGAUACGAAUAUUCCUACGGCCUUUAUUAUGUGGAUUUUGGCGACGAAGAUCGAAAGCGGUAUCCGCGGUUCUCCGCGCGGUGGUAUUCCAGUUUCCUCAGAGGGAGAAAUCACACCAAUCUCAUGAACAGCUCUCCGAACCUGACACCAUUUGUUUCUACCACCUAAAUGUUUUUUUUUGUAUUAUAAUUCUCAGCUUUGCUAAUUAUUUAAUGUGUGUUCAUCUGCUUAUAUGAACUAAAUUUUCUUCUUUUUGGUUAUUUUUGGUUUUCAGAGUAAUGUCUGAAACAUAAUGCUGUACUCUCUGAUUUGGAGUUAUUAUAUAUACGUGAUUAUGAUUAGUUUUGAGUA